AUGCGGGAACAUCUGCUUUGUUUAAUUGUAAAAGUGAAUAAAAAACGAAAACAACCAGCAUGGCCACAUCACAGAUGAUGGCCGUAACGCUGCUUACGAGAGCCAUCGAGUACGAUGUGGUUGGUCGUAAGCUGGAAGCGCUGAAGCUGUACGAAGAUGGCAUCGAAUCGCUGCUGAAAGAAUCGAAAGCUGAAACGGACCCGAAACGGAAGCAACACUUUCAGGCCAAAAUUCUCGAAUACAUGAACCGAGCCGAACAGGUGAAGGAGCUGGUAACGCGCUGGAAGAGUAAAGGUGUGAUUAGUGAUAAAAUUCACAUCGUUGAAGGCGCAACGGGGUAUGGAUAUGGUAGAAUUUUUGGCAAAUAUUUCAACGACGAUGUACGCGAAAUUCUGAUCGAGGAACCGUACGUACGCGAUCACUACCAAAUCUGUAAUUUUUUAAUGUUUUGCGAGCUAGCGGUUAGUAGCUGUCGGAACGUUAAGUAUAUACAGCUGCUGACGGUGAAGGACACCAAAAACAACAACGAGCAAGGUCGCGCAUUUGACACGCUAAAGGAAAGCUUAAGCAAACAUGCAGUAAAGUUUGUGGUCGAAUUUUCCGAACACAUGCACGAUCGGCAAGUGAUACUUAGCAACGGCUACGUCAUUAAGAUUGGCCGUGGGCUGAACUACUUCAAACCAUCCCCGAGCCGGUACUGUCUUGGUGCAUUCGACUACCAAUUCCGGGAGUGCCGGGAAACGAACGUGGACGUGUUUUACUGUCCGGAGAAUAAUAAAUCAUGACUCGAAGCAGACGCAUCGGAAAUUUGAUGAGUAUAAGCCAAAACAAAAAAG